UGAUUUUUAUUUUUAGUGAACAAACCUUCCAUCUCUUUCUAAUAAAGAUGAUGUCAGAGUGUGCACUUUUCAACACCAAAAUCACAUCGAUUUAGAUGACAAAUGUCUUUGUUUCACUAUCUGUUUUGCACUCGAUUCUCGCUCACAGAUCUUUAAAGAAGGCCGCCUCAGUCACUUCCUUGAUGGACGUGGAAAUUCUGGAAACUGGAUGUCUUACGUAAACUGCGCGCGCACACCAACAGAACAGAACCUGGUGGCUGUGCAGGAAGGGGAGGUCAUCUUCUAUGAGGUGAACAUCCCCUUAUAAUUCCCUCGAAUGCACUUCUCUAUCUAAACAGAUUAUGACUCAAAAUUGUGUGUGUAUGCACGAAUAUAUUUGUUCAUUUAUUCAAACAUUUAUACCAAAGCAUAUUUGCCAAUUCCAUUACGUAGUUAUUUGGUUAUUUUCUCAAUUAAGUUGUGUAUUCACUUUCAUAUUCUUUGCAAUAUAUUAAUUUAUUUUACUUCGUUUUAUUCACUUAUUUGCUUACAGUAUCGCAAAAUCUACUUACGUUUUUUUUUCUCUGAUUCAUCCAUUCUGUUAGUUCUGUACUUAUAAGUGGUGUUUUAGAGAACGUGAUUUUGAACUUCUUUCACUUCGGUUCCUCUGUUAUGGCCUGAGCAUGUAUGUGACGUCCGUGAUGUUCGAUUUUACCUGCAGAAAGAAAAUAUUAAUAUGUGUGUCUGACGUCCAUAAUAAAGUGUAUACAUGUACUUUCAAUUACACCGUUUAGCUGCGAAAUUUUUAAGUUGGGUACUUUAUUAUAAAAUUCAUAAGCUGUACUUGUGCACGUAUCCACAAAAAUGUACUGCCCAGUUAUACUUUUGCCCAUUGUUACGAACGGUCCAAGUAACGUUUUCUUUUUUCUGCCCAUUAUCGCGCUAAGUAGUGAAGACAUACGGAAAAAGUUUGAAUUGUUUCCCUAUUCUCAGAGCAGUCGUGACAUCAACCCUGGCUCGGAGCUGUUAGUCUGGUACUCUGACGACUACGAACAGUUUAUGGGAAUUCCCCUUGGCCUACAGGGAAUAUCCAAUUCUUCAGAAGUCACCGAGAAGAGCGAAUCAGAAAGUAACUGUCUAUACGAAACAACGACCAACGGCUUCCAGUGCGAGCACUGCGGCAAAGUGUUCACCUACCAGUACUACAAGGACAAGCACCUCAAGUACACAAAGUGUGUAGACCAAGGUCACCGCAAGUUCCCCUGUCAGCUAUGUAGCAGUUUCAUGCACAGAUCGUUUGAGAAGAAGGACCGACUCCGCAUUCACGUGUUACACGUACACGAGAAACACCGGCCCCACAAGUGUCUGGUGUGUGGGAAGAGCUUCAGUCAGUCCUCCAGUCUCAACAAACACAUGAGAGUACACAGUGGAGAACGCCCGUACAAAUGCGUGUACUGUAACAAAUCCUUCACGGCCUCCAGCAUACUCCGGACUCACAUCAGGCAACAUUCGGGGGAGAGACCCUUCAAGGUAGUUCAAAGUUAAUGCUUUUAUAACACAAAGUUUCCAUUAUCACCACUUCCGUCAUCGCCAUCCUCAGAACCACCUUCGACCAUGUUGUUAUCA